GUGUGUUUCUUUGUGUAUACCGAAAAGAAAGUUAUUUUUACAAAAUCAAACAAAAAUCAUCAUGGUGGCCUUUUAUGAUGAUGAAUAUGAAGGUAUUGAGCAGCCCAAAACUUUAACGUAUUGGGUGCGCAAUUUUCGCAUGAAACGUGUGCAAAUGCGUCGCAAAAUGCGAGGCUCAGGCAGCCUUCGGGUCAACGCCAUAUUGUCAACGGCAUUAUUCAAUGCCGAGCAUGAACUGCGCAGGAAACAACAGGAACGUUUCAGUCGUUGGCUCGACAUUCAAACGAAAUUUGUUCCACAUGGAAAAACGCAUUGUGCCAGCGACGCCAACGAAAAAUAUGAAGCAGCUGCGGCGGAGACUGAAAGAGCUGAAUUCGAACGUCGCAAUAUUGAAAAUAACCUAUGGAGCAGCGAGCUCAGUGGCCUCGACAGUUUUUUGAGCAGUUUGAGCAGCAGCAACAACAACAACAACGACAGCAGCAAUAACAAAACCAACAACAAUGGCAGCAGCAAUAAUUUCAUCACCAACAACAAUAACCAACAUCACUGCGCCAUCGCAGUACAAAGUUAGCUAGAGAGAGACAACCAUAUGUGUGACACAUUUGAAUAUUUGAGAAAAAGCGAGAGGAACAUCGUGUGUUCAAGCUUCAACUGUCAAACAAAGCAAAACAGCUAUACAUGCAUAUAUAAUCUGUUUCCUACUUUUUUUCAUUUCAUUUGUUCAUUUUGUUAAAUUAGUUUUAUUACGAAGAAAAAUUUCUCAU